AUGGGUUUAACAUACGACGUGGACUUGGACGUAGACGUGGACGUGGACGUGGUCGUGGACGUGGACGUGGACGUGGUCGUGGACGUGGACGUGGUCGUGGACGUGGACGUGGACGUGGACGUGGACGUGAACGUGGACCUAGACAUGGACCUGGACGUGGUCGUGGACGUGGACGUGGACGUGGACGUGGACCUGGACGUGGUCGUGGACAUGGACGUGGACUUGGACAUGGACUUGGAUGUGUACGUGGACGUGGACGUGGUCGUGGACGUGGACAUGGACAUGGACGUGGUCGUGGACGUGGACGUGGACGUGGUCGUGGACGUGGACGUGGUCGUGGACGUGGACGUGGAGGACGUGGACGUGGACGACGUGGACGUCGACGUGGUCAUGGGCGUGGACGUGGACGUGGAUGUGGAUGUGGACCUGGACGUGGACGUGGACAUGGACAUGGACGUGGACGUGGACGUGGACGUGGAGGACGUGGACGUGCACGUGGAGGACAUGGACGUGGACGUGGACGUGGACUUGGACGUGGACGUAGACGUGGACGUGAACGUGGACGUGGAAGUGGGCGUGGACGUGGUCGUGUACGUGGACGUGGACGUGGUCAUGGACGUGGUCGUGGACGUAAAUGUGGACGUGGUCCUGGACGUGGACGAGGAAGUGGACGUGGACGUGGACGUGGAUGUGGACUUGGACGUGGUCGUGGACGUGGACGUGGUCCUCGACUUGGACGAGGAAGUGGACGUGGACGUGGACGUGGACGUGGUCGUGGACGUGGACGUGGUCGUGGUCGUUGACGUGGACGUGGACGUGGACUUGGACGUGGACGUGAACGUGGACAUGGAUGUGGACGUGGACUUGGACGUGGUCGUGGACAUGGACCUGGAUGUGGUCAUGGAUGUCGACGUGGACGUGGACGUGGUCAUGGACGUGGACGUGGAGGACGUGGACGUGGAGGACGUGGAGGUGGACGUGGUCGUGGGCGUGGACGUGGACGUGGACGUGGACGUGGACAUGGACGUGGACGUGGACGUGGACGUGGACGUGGAGGACGUGGACGUGGACGUGGACGUGGAGGACAUGGACGUGGACGUGGACGUGGACGUGGACGUGGUCGUGGACGUGGACGUGGACGUGGACGUGGACGUGGACGUGGACGUGGACGUGGACGUGGUCGUGGACGUGGACGUGGACGUGGACUUGGACGUGGACGUGGACGUGGACGUGGACCUGGACGUGGUCGUGGACGUGGACGUGGACGUGGACGUGGACUUGGACCUAGACGUGGUCGUAGACGUGGACGUGGACGUGGACGUGGACGUGGACCUGGACGUGGACGUGGACGUGGACGUGGACGUGGACGAGGAGGACGUGGACGUGGACGUGGACGUGGAGGACAUGGACGUGGACGUGGACGUGGACAUGGACUUGAACGUGGACGUAGACAUGGACGUGAACGUGGACGUCGACGUGGUCGUGGACGUGGUCGUGGACGUGGACGUGGACGUGGUCGUGGACGUGGUCGUGGACGUGGACGUGGACGUGGUCCUGGACGUGGACGAGGAAGUGGACGUGGACGUGGACGUGGAUGUGGACUUGGACGUGGACGUGGUCGUGGACGUGGACGUGGUCCUGGACGUGGACGUGGUUGUGGACGUGGACGUGGACGUGGACUUGGACAUGGAUGUGGUCGUAGACGUGGAUGUGGACGUGGACGUGGACCUUGACGUGGACCUGGACGUGGUCGUGGAUGUGGACGUGGACGUGGACGUGGACUUGGACCUAGACGUGGUCGUGGACGUGGACGUUGACGUGGACGUGGACUUGGACGUGGACUUGGACGUGGACGUGGACGUGGACGUGGGCUUGGACGUGGACAUGUAUGUGGACGACGUGGACGUGGACGUGGAGUACGUGGACGUGGACGUGGUCGUGGACGUGGACGUGGAGGACGUGGACGUGGACGUAGACAUGGACGUGGACGUGGACGUGGACGUGGUCGUGGACGUGGACGUGGACGUGGACGUGGAGGACGUGGACGCAGACAUGGACGUGGACGUGGACGUGGACGUGGACGUGGACGUGGACGUGGUCGUGGACGUGGACGUGGACCUGGACGUGGACGUGGACGUGGACAUGGACGUGGACGUGGACGUGGACGUGGACGUGCAUGUGGAGGACGUGGACGUGGACGUGGAGGACGUGGACGUGGACGUGGACGUGGACGUGGAGGACGUGGACGUGGACGUGGACGUGGACUUGGACGUGGACGUAGACGUGGACGUGAACGUGGACGUGGACGUGGUCGUGGACGUGGUCCUGGACGUGGACGUGGACGUGGACAUGGUCGUGGACGUGGACGUGGACGUGGACGUGGUCGUGGACGUGGACGUGGACGUGGACGUGGACGUGGACAUGGACGUGGACGUGGACGUGGAUGUGGACUUGGACGUGGACGUGGUCGUGGACGUGGACGUGGUCCUGGACGUGGACGUGGUUGUGGACGUGGACGUGGACGUGGACGUGGACUUGGACAUGGAUGUGGUCGUGGACGUGGAUGUGGACGUGGACGUGGACCUGGACGUGGACCUGGACGUGGUCGUGGACGUGGACGUGGACGUGGACGUGGACUUGGACCUAGACGUGGUCGUGGACGUGGACGUGGACGUGGACGUGGACCUGGACGUGGACGUGGACGUGGACGUGGACCUGGACGUGGACGUGGACGUGGACGUGGACGUGGAGGACAUGGACGUGGACGUGGACGUGGACGUGGACUUGGACGUGGACGUAGACAUGGACGUGAACGUGGACGUAGACGUGGUCGUGGACGUGGUCGUGGACGUGGACGUGGACGUGGACGUGGUCGUGGACGUGGUCGUGGACGUGGACGUGGACGUGGUCCUGGACGUGGACGAGGAAGUGGACGUGGACGUGGACGUGGAUGUGGACUUGGACGUGGACGUGGUCGUGGACGUGGACGUGGUCCUGGACGUGGAUGUGGACGUGGACGUGGACGUGGACGUGGACGUGGACAUGGACGUGGUCGUAGACGUGGAUGUGGACGUGGACGUGGACCUGGACGUGGACCUGGACGUGGUCGUGAACGUAGACGUGGACGUGGACGUGGACUUGGACCUAGACGUGGACGUGGACGUGGACGUUGACGUGGACGUGGACUUGGACGUGGACUUGGACGUGGACGUGGACGUGGACGUGGACGUGGGCUUGGACGUGGACAUGGAUGUGGACGACGUGGACGUGGACGUGGAGUACGUGGACGUGGACGUGGUCGUGGACGUGGACGUGGAGGACGUGGACGUGGACGUAGACAUGGACGUGGACGUGGACGUGGUUGUAGACGUGGACGUGGACGUGGACGUGGAGGACGUGGACGUAGACAUGGACGUGGACGUGGACGUGGACGUGGUCGUGGACGUGGACGUGGACGUGGACGUGGAGGACGUGGAUGUAGACAUGGACGUGGACGUGGACGUGGACGUGGUCGUGGACGUGGACGUGGACAUGGACGUGGACGUGGACAUGGACGUGGUCGUGGACUUGGACGUGGAGGACGUGGCCGUGGACAACGUGGACGUGGAGGACGUGGACGUGGACGUGGACUUGGACUUGGACGUGGACGUGGACGUGGACGUGGUCGUGGUCGUGGACGUGGACGUGGACGUGGACGUGGUCGUGUACGUGGACGUGGAGGACGUGGACGUGGACGACGUGGACGUGGACGUGGAGGACGUGGACGUGGCCGUGGACGUGGACGUGGACGUGGACGUGGACGUGGACCUGGACGUGGACGUGGACGUGGACGUGGACGUGGACGUGGACGUGCAUGUGGAGGACGUGGACGUGGACGUGGAGGACGUGGACGUGGACAUGGACGUGGACGUGGAGGACGUGGACGUGGACGUGGACGUGGACGUGGACUUGGAUGUGGACGUAGACGUGGACGUCAACGUGGACGUGGACGUGGUCGUGGACAUGGUCGUGGACUUGGACGUGGACGUGGACAUGGUCGUGGACGUGGACGUGGACGUGGACGUGGUCGUGGACGUGGACAUGGACGUGGACGUGGACGUGGUCCUGGACGUGGACGAGGAAAUUUACAUGGACGUGGACGUGGACGUGGACUUGGACGUGGUCGUGGACUUGGUCGUGGACGUGGACGUGGAUGUGGUCGUGGACGUGGUCGUGGACGUGGUCGUGGACGUGGACGUGGACUUGGUCGUGGACGUGGACGUGGACUUGGACGUGGACGUGGUCGUGGACGUGGUCGUGGACGUGGUUGUGGACGUGGUCGUGGACGUGGACGUGGACGUGGACGUGGAGUUGGUCGUGGACGUGGACGUGGACGUGGACGUUGGCUUGGACGUGGACGUGGACGUGGACGUGAACGUGGGCUUGGACGUGGACGUGGACGUGGACGUGGACGAGGACGUGGUCGUGGACGUGGACGUGGACGUGGUCAUGGACGUGGACGUGGAGGACGUGGACGUGGACGACGUGGACGUGGACGUGGAGGACGUGGACGUGGACAUGGACGUGGACGUGGACGUGGACGUGGCCGUGGACGUGGGCGUGGACGUGGACGUGGAGGACGUGGACGUGGACGUGGACGUGGAGGACGUGGACGUGGACGUGGAUGUGGACGUGGACGACGUGGAUGUGGACGUGGACGUGGACGUGGACGUGAACGUGGACGUCGACGUGGACGUGAACGUGGACGUGGACGUGGUCGUGGACGUGGUCGUGGACGUGGACGUGGACGUGGUCCUGGACCUGGACGAGGAAGUGGACGUGGACGUGGACGUGGAAUUGGACGUGGACCUGGACGUAGACGUGGACAUGAACGUGGACGUGGACGUGGUCGUGGACGUGGUCGUGAACGUGGACGUGGACGUGGACGUGGUCCUGGACGUGGACGAGGAAGUGGACGUGGACGUGGAAAUGGACUUGGACGUGGACGUGGACGUGGACAUGGACGUGGACGUGGUCGUGGACGUGGACGUGGUCGUGGUCGUGGUCGUGGACGUGGACGUGGACUUGGACAUGGACGUGGUCGUGGACGUGGAUGUGGACGUGGACGUGGAUCUGGACGUGGACCUGGACGUGGUCGUGGACGUGGACGUGGUCGUGGACUUGGACCUAGACGUGGUCGUGGACGUGGACGUGGACGUUGACGUGGACGUGUACUUUGACGUGGACUUGGACGUGGACGUGGACGUGGACGUGGACGUGGGCUUGGACGUGGACAUGGAUGUGGACGACGUGGACGUGGACGUGGAGUACGUGGACGUGGACGUGGUCGUGGACGUGGACGUGGAGGACGUGGACGUGGACGUAGACAUGGACGUGGACGUGGACGUGGACGUGGACGUGGACGUGGAGGACGUGGACGUAGACAUGGACGUGGACGUGGACGUGGACGUGGACGUGGACUUGGACGUGGUCGUGGACGUGGACGUGGACGUGGACGUGGACGUCGACGUCGACGUCGACGUGGACGUGGACAUGGACGUGGUCGUGGACUUGGACGUGGAGGACGUGGCCGUGGACAACGUGGACGUGGAGGACGUGGACGUGGACGUGGACUUGGACUUGGACGUGGACGUGGACGUGGACGUGGUCGUGGUCGUGAACGUGGACGUUGACGUGGACGUGGUCGUGUACGUGGACGUGGAGGACGUGGACGUGGACGACGUGGACGUGGACGUGGAGGACGUGGACGUGGCCGUGGACGUGGACGUGGACGUGGACGUGGACGUGGACCUGGACGUUGUCGUGGACGUGGACAUGGACGUAGACGUGGACGUGGACGUGGACAUGGACGUGGACGUGGACGUGGACGUGCAUGUGGAGGACGUGGACGUGGACGUGGACGUGGACGUGGACGUGGGGGACGUGGACGUGGACGUGGACGUGGACGUGGACUUGGACGUGGACGUAGACGUGGACGUGAACGUGGACGUGGACGUGGUCGUGGACGUGGUCGUGGACGUGGACGUGGACGUGGACAUGGUCGUGGACGUGGACGUGGACGUGGACGUGGUCGUGGACGUGGACAUGGACGUGGACGUGGACGUGGUCCUGGACGUGGACGAGGAAAUUUACAUGGACGUGGACGUGGACGUGGACUUGGACGUGGUCGUGGACUUGGUCGUGGACGUGGACGUGGACGUGGUCGUGGACGUGGUCGUGGACGUGGUCGUGGACGUGGACGUGGACUUGGUUGUGGACGUGGACUUGGACGUGGACGUGGACGUGGACGUGGUCGUGGACGUGGUCGUGGACGUGGUCGUGGACGUGGACGUGGACGUGGACGUGGAGUUGGUCGUGGACGUGGACGUGGACGUGGACGUGGGCUUGGACGUGGACGUGGACGUGGACGUGGACGUGGACGUGGACGUGGUCGUGGACGUGGACAUGGACGUGGACGUGGACGUGGUCCUGGACGUGGACGAGGAAAUUUACAUGGACGUGGACGUGGACGUGGACUUGGACGUGGUCGUGGACUUGGACGUGGUCGUGGACGUGGUCAUGGACGUGAUCGUGGACGUGGACGUGGACUUGGUCGUGGACGUGGACGUGGACUUGGACGUGGACGUGGACGUGGACGUGGUCGUGGACGUGGUCGUGGACGUGGACGUGGACGUGGACGUGGAGUUGGUCGUGGACGUGGACGUGGACGUGGACGUUGGCUUGGACGUGGACGUGGACGUGGACGUGGACGUGGACUUGGACGUGGACGUGGACGUGGACGUGGUCGUGGACGUGGUCAUGGACGUGGUCGUGGACAUGGACGUGGACUUGGUCGUGGACGUAGACGUGGACUUGGACGUGGACGUGGACGUGGACGUGGUCGUGGACGUGGUCGUGGACGUGGUCGUGGACGUGGACGUGGACGUGGACGUGGAGUUGGUCGUGGACGUGGACGUGGACGUGGACGUUGGCUUGGACGUGGACGUGGACGUGGACGUGGACGUGGACGUGGACGUGGACGUGGGCUUGGACGUGGACAUGGACGUGGACGUGGACGAGGACGUGGUCGUGGACGUGGACGUGGACGUGGUCAUGGACGUGGACGUGGAGGACGUGGACGUGGACGACGUGGACGUGGACGUGGAGGACGUGGACGUGGACAUGGACGUGGACGUGGACGUGGCCGUGGACGUGGGCGUGGACGUGGACGUGGAGGACGUGGACGUGGACGUGGACGUGGAGGACGUGGACGUGGACGUGGAUGUGGACGUGGACGACGUGGACGUGGACGUGGACGUGGACGUGGACGUGAACGUGGACGUCGACGUGGACGUGAACGUGGACGUGGACGUGGUCGUGGACGUGGUCAUGGACGUGGACGUGGGCGUGGACGUGGUCCUGGACGUGGACGAGGAAGUGGACGUGGACGUGGAUGUGGACUUGGACGUGGACGUGGACGUAGACGUGGACAUGAACGUGGACGUGGACGUGGACGUGGUCGUGGAUGUGGUCGUGGACGUGGACGUGGACGUGGUCCUGGACGUGGACGAGGAAGUGGACGUGGACGUGGAAAUGGACUUGGACGUGGACGUGGACGUGGAUAUGGACGUGGACGUGGUCGUGGACGUGGACGUGGUCGUGGUCGUGGACGUGGACGUGGACGUGGACUUGGACGUGGAGGUGGACGUGGAGUUGGUCGUGGACGUGGACGUGGACGUGGACGUUGGCUUGGACGUGGACGACGUGGUCGUGGACGUGGACGUGGACGUGGUCAUGGACGUGGACGUGGAGGACGUGGACGUGGACGACGUGGACGUGGACGUGGAGGACGUGGACGUGGACAUGGACGUGGACGUGGACGUGGCCGUGGACGUGGGCGUGGACGUGGACGUGGAGGACGUGGACGUGGACGUGGACGUGGAGGACGUGGACGUGGACGUGGAUGUGGACGUGGACGACGUGGACGUGGACGUGGACGUGGACGUGGACGUGAACGUGGACGUCGACGUGGACGUGAACGUGGACGUGGACGUGGUCGUGGACGUGGUCAUGGACGUGGACGUGGACGUGGUCCUGGACGUGGACGAGGAAGUGGACGUGGACGUGGAUGUGGACUUGGACGUGGACGUGGACGUAGACGUGGACAUGAACGUGGACGUGGACGUGGACGUGGUCGUGGAUGUGGUCGUGGACGUGGACGUGGACGUGGUCCUGGACGUGGACGAGGAAGUGGACGUGGACGUGGAAAUGGACUUGGACGUGGACGUGGACGUGGAUAUGGACGUGGACGUGGUCGUGGACGUGGACGUGGUCGUGGACGUGGACGUGGACGUGGUCGGUGACGUGGACGUGGACGUGGUCGUGGACAUGGACCUGGACGUGGAGGUGGACGUGAACGUGGACGUAGACGUGGACAUGAAUGUGGACGUGGUCAUGGACGUGGUCGUGGACGUGGACGUGGACGUGGACGUGGUCCUGGACGUGGACGAGGAAGUGGACGUGGACGUGGACGUGAAAUUGGACGUGGACGUGGAUGUGGACGUGGACAUUGACGUGGACGUGGUCGUGGACGUGGACGUGGUCGUGGACGUGGACGUGGACGUGGACUUGGACGUGGACCUGGACGUGGACGUGGACGUGGACCUGGACGUGGACGUGGACGUGGUCGUGGACGUGGACGUGGACGUGGUCGUCGACAUGGACGUGGACGUGGACGUGAACGUGGACCUGGACGUGGACGUGGACGUGGACCUGGACGUGGUCGUGGACGUGGACGUGGACGUGGACGUGGACUUGGACGUGGACUUGGACGUGGACGUGGACGUGGACGUGGUCGUGGACGUGGCCGUGGACGUGGACGUGGACAUGGGCUUGGACGUGGACGUGGACAUGGACUUGGUCGUGGUCAUGGACGUGGACGUGGACGUGGACAUGGUCGUGGAUGUGGACGUGGAGGACGCGGACGUGGACGACGUGGACGUGGAGGACGUGGACGUGGACGUGGACGUAGACAUGGACGUGGACGUGGACGUGGACGUGGACAUGGACGUGGACGUGGACGACGUGGACGUGGACGUGGACGUAGACAUGGAUGUGGACGUGGACGUGGUCGUGGACGUGGACGUGGUCGGGGACGUCGACGUCGACGUGGACGUGGACGUGGACUUGGACGUGGACGUGCACGUGGAUUACGACGUGGACGUGGACGUGUACGUGGACUUGGACGUGGACUUGGACGUGGACGUGGUCGUGGACGUUGACGUGGACGUGGACAUGGGCUUGGACGUGGACGUGGACGUGGACUUGGACGUGGUCGUGGACGUGGACGUGGACGUGGACGUGGACGUGGACAUGGUCAUGGACGUGGACGUGGAGGACGCGGACGUGGACGACGUGGACGUGGACGUGGAGGACGUGGACGUGGGCGUGGACGUGGACGUGGACCUGGACGUGGACGUGGACGUAGACAUGAACGUGGACGUGGACGUGGUCGUGGACGUAGACUUGGACGUGGACGAGGACGUGGAUGUGGACGUGGACGUGGACGUGUACGUGGACGUGGAUGUGGACGUGGACGUGGACGUGGAGGACGUAGACGUGGACGUUGAGGACGUGGACGUGGACCAGGACGAAGACGUGGACUUGGACGUGGACGUGGACGUGGACGUGGUCGUGGACGUGGACGUGGACGAGGACGUGGUCGUGGACGUGGACGUGGACUUGGACCUGGACCUGGACGUGGACGUGGACGUGGACGUGGUCGUAGACGUGGACGUGGACCUGGACGUGGACGUGGACUUGGACGUGGACGUGAACGUGGUCGUGGACGUGGACGCGGACGUGGACGCGGACGUGGACGUGGACGUGGACGUGGACGCGGACGUGGACGCGGACGUGGACGUGGACGCAGACGUGGACGCGGACGUGGACGUGGACGCGGACGUGGACGCGGAUGUGGACGUGGAAGCGAACGUGGACGCAGACGUGGACGCGGACGUGGACGAGGACGUGGACGCGGACGUGGACGUGGACGUGGUCGUGGUCAUGGACAUGGACGUAGACGACGACUUGGACGUGGACGUGGACGUGGACGUGGAUGUCGACGUGGACGUGGACAUGGACGUGGACUUGGACGUGGACGUGGACGUGGACGUGGACGUGUAUGUGGACGUGGAUGUGGACGUGGACGUGGACGUGGACGUGGAGGACGUGGACGUAGACGAGGAGGACGUGGACGUGGACGUGGACGUGGAAGAGGAGGACGUGGACGUGGACCAGGACGUGGACGUGGACUUGGACGUCGACGUGGUCGUGGACGUGGACGUGGACGUGGACGUGGACGUGGACGUGGACUUGGACGUGGUCGUGGACAUGGACGUGGACACGGACCUGGACGUGGACGUGGACACGGACUUGGUCGUGGACGUUGACGUGGUCGUAGACGUGGACGUGGAUGUGGACUUGGACGUGGACGUGGACGUGGACGUGGUCGUGGACGUGGACGCGGACGUGGACGUGGACGUGGACGUGGUCGUGGACGAGGACGCGGACGUGGACGUGGACGUGGACGUGGAGGACGCGCACAUGGACGACGUGGACGUAGACGUGGAGGACGUGGACGUGGGCGUGGACGUGAACGUGGACGUGGACGUGGACCUGGACGUGGACGUGGACGUAGACAUGGACGUGGACGUGGACGUGGAUGUGGUCGUGGACGUGGACGUGGACGUCGACGUCGACGUCGACGUGGACGUGGACGUGGACUUGGACGUGGACUUGGACGUAGACGUGGAUGUGGACGUGGACGUGAACGUGAACGUGGACGUGGAUGUGGACGUGGACGUGGACGUGGAGGACGUGGACGUGGACGUUGAGGACCUGGACGUGGACCUGGACGUGGACGUAGACUUGGACGUGGACGUGGACGUGGACGUGGACUUGGACGUGGACUUGGACGUGGACGCAGACUUGGACGUGGACGUGGUCAUGGACGUGGACGCGGACGUGGACGUGGACGCGGACGUGGACGUGGACGCGGACGCGGACGUGGACGUGGACGUGGACGUGGACGUGGACGCGGACGUGGACGUGGACGCGGACGUGGACGCGGACAUGGACGAGGACGUGGACGCGGACGUGGACGCGGACGUGGACGUAGACGUGGACGUGGUCGUGGUCGUGGACUUGGAUGUGGAGGACGUGGACGUGGACGACGUUGACGUGGACGUGGAGGACGUGGACGUGGACGUGGACGUGGACCUGGACAUGGACGUGGACAUGGACAUGGACGUGGACGUGGACGUGGACGUGGUCGUGGACGUGGACGUGGAGGUGGAUGUCAACGUGGACGUGGACGUGGAUGUGGACUUGGACGUGGACGUGGACGUGGAUGUGGACGUGGACGUGGACGUGGACGUGUAUGUGGACGUGGAUGUGGACGUGGACGUGGACGUGGAGGACGUGGACGUGGACCAGGACGUGGACGUGGACUUGGACGUGGACGUGGACGUGGAUGUGGUCGUGGACGUGGAUGUGGACGUGGACGUGGACGUGGACUUGGACGUGGUCGUGGACGUGGACGUGGACGUGGACUUGGACCUGGACAUGGACGUAGACACGGACUUGGACGUGGACGUGGACGUGGACGUGGACGUGGUCGUAGACGUGGACGUGGACGUGGACGUGGACUUGGACGUGGACGUGGACGUGGACGUGGUCGUGGACGUGGACGCGGACGCGGACUUGGACGUGGACGUGGACGCGGACGCGGACGUGGACGCGGACGUGGACGCGGACGUGGACGCGGAUGUGGACGUGGUCGUGGACGUGGUCGUGGACGUGGACGUAGACACUGACGCGGACGUGGACGCGGACGUGGACGAGGACGUGGACGCGGACGUGGACGCGGCCGUGGACGUGGACGUGGACGUGGACAUGGUCGUGGACGUGGACGUGGACGUGGUCGUGGAGGUGGACGUGGUCGUGGAUGUGGACGUGGACGUGGAUGUGGACGUGGAUGUGGACGUGGUCGUGGACGUGGACGUGGUUGUGGACGUGGACGUGGACGUGGACGUGCUCGUGGACGUGGACGUGGACAUGGACGUGGACUUGGACGUGGACGUGGACGUGGACGUGGACGUGCUCGUGGACGUGGACGUGGACCUGGACUUGGACCUGGACGUGGUCGUGGACGUGGACGUGGUCGUGGACGUGGACCUGGACCUGGACCUGGACGUGGACGUUGUCGUAGAUGUGGACGUGGACGUGGACGUGGACGUCGACGUGGACAUGGACGUGGACGUGGACGUGGUCGUGGACGUGGACGUGGUCGUGGACGUGGACGUGGACGUGGACGUGGACGUGGACGUGGACGACGACCUGGACGUGGACGUGGACCUGGACGUGGACCUGGACGUGGACGUGGACGUGGACGUGGUCGUGGACAUGGACGUGGACGUGGUCGUGGACGUGGAUGUGGUCGUGGACGUGGACGUGGACGUGGACGUGGACGUGGUCCUGGACGUGGACGAGGAAGUGGACGUGGACUUGGACGUGUACUUGGACUUGGACGUGGACGUGGACGUGGUCGUCGACGUGGACGUGGUCGUGGACGUGGACGUGGUCGUGGUCGUGGACGUGGACGUGGACGUGGACGUGGACGUGGUCGUGGUCGUGGACGUGGACGUGGUCGUGGACGUGGACUUGGACGUGGUCGUGGACGUGGACGUGGACGUGGACGUGGACUUGGACGUGGACCUGGACGUGGUCGUGGACGUGGACGUGGACGUGGACUUGGACCUGGACAUGGACGUGGUCGUGGACGUGAACGUGGACAUGGACGUGGUCGUGGACGUGGACGUGGACGACGUGGACGUGGACGUGGACGUGGACGUGGACGUGGGCUUGGACGUGGAUGUGGACGUAAACGUGGACGUGGACAUGGACGUGGACGUGGACAUGGACGUGGACGUGGACGUGGACGUGGACGUGGAUGUGGACGUGGACGUGGACGUGGACGUGGACAUGGACGUGGACGUGGACAUGGACGUGGACGUGGACGUGGACAUGGACGUGGACGUGGAUGUGGACGUGGACGUGGACGUGGACGUGGAUGUGGACGUGGACGUAAACGUGGACGUGGAGGACGUGGACGUGGACGUGGAGGACGUGGACAUGGACCACGAUGUGGACGUGGAUGUGGACGUGGACAUGGACGUGGACGUGGAUGUGGACGUGGACGUGGACGUGGACGUGUACGUGGAUGACGUGGACGUGGACCACCACGUGGACGUGGACUUGGACGUGGACGUGGACGUGGUCGUGGACGUGGUCGUGGACGUGGAUGUGGACGUGGACGUGGUCGUGGACGUGGACGUGGACGUGGGCUUGGACGUGGACGUGGACGUGGUCGUGGACGUGGACGUGGACGUGGACGUGGUCGUGGACGUGGACGUGGAGGACGUGGACAUCGACGACAUGGACGUAGACGUGGAGGACGUGGACGUGGACGUGGACUUGGACGUGGACGUGGACGUGGUCGUGGACGUGGUCGUGGACGUGGUCGUGGACGUGGACGUGGACGUGGACGUGGACUUGGUCGUGGACGUGGACGUGGACAUGGACGUGGUCGUGGACGUGGACGUGGAGGACGUGGACAUGGACGGCGUGGACGUGGACGUGGAGGACAUGGACGUGGGCGUGGACGUGGACGUGGACGUGGACCUGGACGUGGACGUGGUCGUGGACGUGGACGUGGACUUGGACCUGGACCUGGACGUAGACGUGGACUUGGACGUGGACGUGGACGUGGACGUGGACGUGGUCGUAGACGUGGACGUGGACGUGGACGUGGACCUGGACGUGGACGUGGACUUGGACGUGGACGAGGACGUGGACGUGGUCGUGGACGUGGACGCGGACGUGGGCAUGGAUGUGGACGUGGACAUGGACGCGGACAUGGACGCGGUCGUGGACGCGGAUGUGGACGUGGACGUGGACGUGGACCUGGACGCGGACGUGGACGCGGACGUGGACGAGGACGUGGACGCGGACGUGGACGCGGACAUGGACGUGGAUGUGGACGUGGUCGUGGACGUGGUCGUGGAUGUGGACGUGGAGGACGUGGACGUGGACGACGUGGACGUGGGCGUGGAGGACGUGGACGUGGGCGUGGACGUGGACGUGGACGUGGACCUGGACAUGGACGUGGACGAUGGAUAUGGACACUUGGACGUGGACGUGGACGUGGAUGUGGACGUGGACGUGUACGUGUAUGUGGACGUGGACGUGGACGUGGACGUGGACGUGGAGGACGUGGACGUGGACGUGGAGGACGUGGACGUGGACGUGGACCAGGACGUGGACGUGGAAUUGGACGUGGAUGUGGACGUGGACGUGGUCGUGGACGAGGACGUGGACGUGGACCUGGUCGUGGACGUGGACGUGGUCGUGGACGAGGACGUGGACGUGGUCGUGGACUUGGACGUCGAGGACGUGGACGUGGACGACGUGGACGUGGACGUGGAGGACGUGGACGUGGGCGUGGACGUGGACGUGGACCUGGACAUGGACGUGGAUAUGGACGUGGAUAUGGACGUGGACGUGGUCGUGGACGUGGACGUGGACGUAGACUUGGACGUGGACGUGGACGUGGAUGUGGACGUGGACGUGGACGACGUGGACGUGGACUUGGACGUGGACGUGGACGUGGACGUGGUCGUGGACGUGGACGUGGACCUGGACGUGGACGUGGACGUGGACGUGGUCGUGGACGUGGACGUAGACUUGGACCUGGACCUGGACGUGGACGUGGACUUGGACAUGGACGUGGAUGUGGAUGUGGUCGUAGACGUGGACGUGGAUGUGUACGUGGUCGUCGACGUGGACGUGGACUUGGACGUGGACGUGGACGUGGACUUGGACGUGGACGUGGUCGUGGACGUGGACGCGGACGUGGACGUGGUCGUGGACGUGGACGUGGACGCAAAUGUGGACGCGGACGUGGACGAGGACGUGGACACGGACGUGGACGCGGACGUGGACGAGGACGUGGACGCGGACGUGGACCCGGACGUGGACGCGGACGUGGACCCGGACGUGGACGUGGACGUGGACGUGGACGUGGUCGUGGACGUGGUCGUGGACGUGGAUGUGGACGUGGAUGUGGACGUGGUCGUGGACGUGGACGUGGUUGUGGACGUGGACGUGGACGUGGACGUGGUCGUGGACGAGGUCGUGGACGUAGACGUGGACGUGGACGUGGAAGUGGACUUGGACGUGGACGUGGUCAUGGACGUGGACGUGGUCGUGGACGUGGACGUGGACGUGGACGUGGACGUGGACGUGGACCUGGACCUGGAAGUGGACGUGGACUUGGACGUAGACGUGGACGUGGACGUGGACGUGGACGUGGUCAUGGAUGUGGACGUGUUCGUGGACGUGGACGUGGACGUGGACGUGGUCGUGGACGUGGACGUGGUCGGGGACGUGGACGUCGACGUGGACGUGGACGUGGACGUGGACGUAGACUUGGACGUGGAUGUGGACGUGGAUGUGGACGUGGACGUGGACGUGGAUGUGGACGUGGACGUGGACGUGGACCUGGACGUGGACGUGGAGGACGUGGACGUGGACGUGGAGGACGUGGACGUGGACGUGGAGGACGUGGACGUGGACGUGGAGGACGUGGACGUGGACGUGGACCAGGACGUGGACGUGGACUUGGACGUGGAUGUGGACGUGGACGUGGACGUGGUCGUGGACGUGGACGUGGACGUGGACCUGGAUGUGGACGUGGACGUGGUCGUGGACGUGGACGUGGACUUGGACCUGGACCUGGACGUGGACGUGGACUUGGACAUGGACGUGGACGUGGAUGUGGAUGUGGUCGUAGACGUGGACGUGGACUUGGACGUGGACUUGGACGUGGACGUAGACGUGGACUUGGACGUGGACGUGGACGUGGACGUGGUCGUGGACGUGGACGCGGACGUGGACGUGGUCGUGGACGUGGACGUGGACGCAAACGUGGACGCGGACGUGGACGCAAACGUGGACGCGGACGUGGACGCGGACGUGGACGAGGACGUGGACGCGGACGUGGAAGCGGACGUGGACGUGGACGUGGACGUGGACGUGGUCGUGGACGUAGACGUGGACGUGGACGUGGACGUGGUCGUGAACGUGGUCGUGGACGUGGACGUGGUUGUGGACGUGGACGUGGACGUGGUCGUGGACGUGGUCGUGGACGUGGACGUGGACGUGGACUUGGACGUGGACGUGGACGUGGACGUGGACGUGGACGUGGUCGUGGACGUGGACGUGGACUUGGACGUGGACGUGGACGUGGACCUGGACCUGGACCUGGACCUGGACGUGGACGUGGGCUUGGACGUGGACGUGGACGUGGACGUGGACUUGGAGGUGGUCGUGGACGUGGACGUGAACAUGGACGUGGUCGUGGACGUGGAUGUGGAGGACGUGGACAUGGACGACGUGGACGUGGACGUGGAGGAGGUGGACGUGGACGUGGACGUGGGCUUGGACGUGAACGUGGACGUGGACGUGUACGUGUACGUGGACGUGGAUGUGGACGUGGACGUGGACGUAGACGUGGACGUGGAUGACGUGGAUGUGGACGUGGAGGACGUGGACGUGGACCACGACGUGGACGUGGACUUGGACGUGGACGUGGACGUGGAUGUGGACGUGGACGUGGACGUGGACGUGGAUGUGGACGUGGACGUGGACGUAAACGUGGACGUGGAGGACGUGGACGUGGACGUGGAGGACGUGGACAUGGACCACGAUGUGGACGUGGACGUGGACGUGGACAUGGACGUGGACGUGGAUGUGGACGUGGACGUGGACGUGUACGUGGAUGACGUGGACGUGGACCACCACGUGGACGUGGACUUGGACGUGGACGUGGACGUGGUCGUGGACGUGGUCGUGGACGUGGAUGUGGACGUGGACGUGGUCGUGGACGUGGACGUGGACGUGGGCUUGGACGUGGACGUGGACGUGGUCGUGGACGUGGACGUGGACAUGGACGUGGUCGUGGACGUGGACGUGGAGGACGUGGACAUCGACGACAUGGACGUGGACGUGGAGGACGUGGACGUGGACGUGGACUUGGACGUGGACGUGGACGUGGACGUGGUCGUGGACGUGGUCGUGGACGUGGUCGUGGACGUGGACGUGGACGUGGACGUGGACUUGGUCGUGGACGUGGACGUGGACAUGGACGUGGUCGUGGACGUGGACGUGGAGGACGUGGACAUGGACGGCGUGGACGUGGACGUGGAGGACAUGGACGUGGGCGUGGACGUGGACGUGGACGUGGACCUGGACGUGGACGUGGUCGUGGUCGUGGACGUGGACUUGGACCUGGACCUGGACGUGGACGUGGACUUGGACAUGGACGUGGACGUGGAUGUGGAUGUGGUCGUAGACGUGGACGUGGAUGUGGACGUGGUCGUCGACGUGGACGUGGACUUGGACGUGGACGUGGACGUGGACUUGGACGUGGACGUGGUCGUGGACGUGGACGCGGACGUGGACGUGGUCGUGGACGUGGACGUGGACGCAAAUGUGGACGCGGACGUGGACGAGGACGUGGACACGGACGUGGACGCGGACGUGGACGAGGACGUGGACGCGGACGUGGACCCGGACGUGGACGUGGUUGUGGACGUGGUCGUGGACGUGGACGUGGACGUGGACGUGGUCGUGGACGUGGUCGUGGACGUGGAUGUGGACGUGGAUGUGGACGUGGUCGUGGACGUGGACGUGGUUGUGGACGUGGACGUGGACGUGGACGUGGUCGUGGACGAGGUCGUGGACGUAGACGUGGACGUGGACGUGGACGUGGACUUAGACGUGGACGUGGUCAUGGACGUGGACGUGGUCGUGGACGUGGACGUGGACCUGGACGUGGACGUGGACGUGGACGUGGACCUGGACCUGGAAGUGGACGUGGACUUGGACGUAGACGUGGACGUGGACGUGGACGUGGACGUGGUCAUGGAUGUGGACGUGUUCGUGGACGUGGACGUGGACGUGGACGUGGUCGUGGACGUGGACGUGGUCGGGGACGUGGACGUCGACGUGGACGUGGACGUGGACGUAGACUUGGACGUGGACGUGGACGUGGAUGUGGACGUGGACGUGGACGUGGAUGUGGACGUGGACGUGGACGUGGACGUGGACGUGGAGGACGUGGACGUGGACGUGGAGGACGUGGACGUGGACGUGGAGGACGUGGACGUGGACGUGGAGGACGUGGACGUGGACGUGGACCAGGACGUGGACGUGGACUUGGACGUGGAUGUGGACGUGGACGUGGACGUGGUCGUGGACGUGGACGUGGACGUGGACCUGGAUGUGGACGUGGACGUGGUCGUGGACGUGGACGUGGACUUGGACCUGGACCUGGACGUGGACGUGGACUUGGACAUGGACGUGGACGUGGAUGUGGAUGUGGUCGUAGACGUGGACGUGGACUUGGACGUGGACUUGGACGUGGACGUAGACGUGGACUUGGACGUGGACGUGGACGUGGACGUGGUCGUGGACGUGGACGCGGACGUGGACGUGGUCGACGUGGACGCGGACGUGGAAGCGGACGUGGACGUGGACGUGAACGUGGACGUGGUCGUGGACGUAGACGUGGACGUGGACGUGGACGUGGUCGUGAACGUGGUCAUGGACGUGGAUAUGGACGUGGAUGUGGACGUGGUCGUGGACGUGGACGUGGUUGUGGACGUGGACGUGGACGUGGUCGUGGACGUGGUCGUGGACGUAGACGUGGACGUGGACGUGGACGUGGACUUGGACGUGGACGUGGACGUGGACGUGGACGUGGACGUGGUCGUGGACGUGGACGUGGACCUGGACGUGGACGUGGACGUGGACGUGGACCUGGACCUGGACCUGGACGUGGACGUGGACUUGGACGUGGACGUGGACGUGGACGUGGUCAUGGAUGUGGACGUGUUCGUGGACGUGGACGUGGACGUGGACGUGGUCGUGGACGUGGACGUGGUCGGGGACGUGGACGUCGACGUGGAUGUGGACGUGGACGUGGACGUAGACUUGGACGUGGACGUGGACGUGGAUGUGGACGUGGACGUGGAUGUGGACGUGGACGUGGAGAUGGACCUGUACGUGGACGUGGAAGACGUGGACGUGGACGUGGAGGACGUGGACAUGGACGUGGAGGACAUGGACGUGGACGUGGACCAGGACGUGGACGUGGACUUGGACGUGGACGUGGAUGUGGUCGUGGACGUGGACGUGGACCUGGACGUGGACGUGGACGUGGACCUGGACGUGGACGUGGACGUGGUCGUGGACGUGGACGUGGACUUGGACCUGGACCUAGACGUGGACGUGGACUUGGACGUGGACGUGGGCGUGGAUGUAGAUGUGGUCGUAGACGUGGACGUGGACUUGGACGUGGACGUGGAUGUGGACUUGGACAUGGACGUGGACGUGGACGUGGACGUUGUCGACGUGGACGCGGACGUGGACGCGGACUUGGACGAGGACGUGGACGCGGACGUGGACGCGGAUGUGGACGUGGACGUGGACGUGGACGUGGUCGUGGACGUGGACGUGGACGUGUACGUGGACGUGGUCGUGGACGUGGUCGUGGACGUGGAUGUGGACGUGGAUGUGGACAUGGUCGUGGACGUGGACGUGGUUGUGGACGUGGACGUGGACGUGGACGUGGACGUGGUCAUGGACGUGGUCGUGGACUUAGACGUGGACGUGGACGUGGACUUGGACGUGGACGUGGUCAUGGACGUGGACGUGGUCGUGGACGUGGACGUGGACCUGGACGUGGACGUGGACGUGGACGUGGACAUGGACGUGGACCUGGACCUGGACGUGGACGUCGACUUGGACGUGGACGUGGACGUGGACGUGGUCAUGGACGUGGACGUGUUCGUGGACGUGGACGUGGACGUGGACGUGGUCGUGGACGUGGACGUGGUCGGAGACGUGGACGUGGACGUGGACGUGUACGUGGACGUGGACCUGGACGUGGACGUGGACGUGGACCUGGACGUGGACAUGGACGUUCACCUCGACGUGGACGUGGACAUAGACGUGGACUUUGACCUAGACGUGGACGUGGACCUGGACCUAGAUGUGGACCUGGACCUGGACGUGGACGUGGACGUGGACGUGGUCGUGGACGUGGACGUGGUCGUGGGCGUGGACGUGGACGUGGACGUGGUCGUGGACGUGGACGUGGACGUGGACGCGGUCGUGGACGUGGACGCGGUCGUGGACGUGGACGUGGACGUGGUUGUGGACGUGGACGUGGUGGACGUGGACGUGGACGUGGACCUGGACGUGGACGUGGACGUGGACGUGGACGUGGACGUGGACCUGGACGUUGACCCGGACGUGGACGUGGACGUGGAAAUGGAUAUGGACGUGGACGUGGACGUGGACGUGUACGUGGUGGACGUGGACGUCGACGUGGACGUGGACGUGGACGUGAACGUGGACGUGGACCUUGACGUGGACAUGGACGUGGUCAUGGACGCGGUCCUCGACGUGGACGUGAACGUGGACAUGGACGUGGACGUGGACGUGGACAUGGUGGACGUGGACGUGGACGUGGUCAUGGACGUGGACGUGGACGUGGACGUGGACCUGGACCUGGAUGUGGACGUGGACGUGGACCUGGACAUGGACCUGGACGUGGACCUGGACGUGGACCUGGACGUGGACCUGGACGUGGACGUGGACAUGGUGGACGUGGACGUGGACGUGGACCUGGACGUGCACAUUGACGUGGGCGUGGACGUGGACGUGGUGGACGUGGAUGUGGAUGUGGUCGUUGACGUGGACGUGGACGCGGCCGUGGACGUGGACGUGGUCAUGAACGUGGACGUGGACGUGGACGUGGACGUGGACGUGGUCGUGGAGGACGUGGACGUGGACGUGGACGUGGUCGUGGACGUGGUCGUGUACGUGGACGUGGACCUGGACGUGGACGUGGACGUGGACUUGGACGUGGACGUGGACGUGGACGUAAAGAUGGUCGUGGGCGUGGAGUGGAUGUGGACGUGGACGUGGACGUCAACGUGGACCUGGACGUGGACGUAG